AGAAUUCAAAUUACAAGGUUUCAUAUGCAAUAAUUACCCAAAAUACAACACGUUGCUUUGCUUAACCUAGAAAACAAACAUAGAAACCGAAAUCGUGAACGAAAGAACCAAUUUUUGCACAGCGAAACAAAGCUGAAAAAGAAAGCAAAAUAAAAUGGAGGAUUUGAAGAAGAGGAAGAUGGAAGAGAUGGGAAACAACGGAGAUUUAUCAACUCAAGAAGAGCUACGUUCUUUGCUUGACCCUCUUGCUAAAUCCCAGCUCGUCGAUCUUCUCUCUAUACUAGGGUGCCAAUAUCCUUCGAUUGCUGAAGAAAUUAAAAGUAUUGCCAGUUCGGAUCCUGUACACCGAAAGCUUUUUGUUCGUGGCUUAGCCUGGAAUACCACUUCUGAAACCUUGUGUGCUGCCUUUCGAAUGCAUGGAGAAAUAGAAGAAGGGGCUGUUAUCUAUGACAAAGCCACAGGAAAAUCUCGUGGCUAUGGUUUCAUUACUUACAAACACAUGGAGUCAGCGCAUAGUGCACUUAGAGCACCCAGCAAACUUAUUGAUGGCCGGAUGGCUGUGUGUAAUCUAGCUUGUGAGGGGUUAAGUGGGGCAAGUACCACACCUGAUCUAGUUCAAAGGAAGCUCUACAUUGGGGGCCUAUCACCAGAUGUCACGAGUGAGAUGCUUCUGAAUUAUUUUGGAAGGCAUGGUGAGAUUGAGGAAGGUUCAGUUGCAUAUGACAAAGAUACAAAUGAAUCACGUGGGUUUGGUUUUGUUACAUACAAGACAGUGGAGGCUGCUAAGAAGGCCAUAGAUGAUCCACAAAAGAUCCUUGGGGGGAGAACUAUCAUUGCGAAGCUUGCUGAUACCCACAAGGGCAAACCUGUACAAACACAGUUACCUGCAGCAGCUGUGGUUCCUCUUGCAUUGCCUAUGGCACCUGGCUAUCCACAGCCUGUGAAGGCACAUCCCAGUGCCGCCCCUGCUGGCUACGCAUAUCCUCAAACUAUAACGUCAUAUCCAGCUUCCUCAUACCCUAGUCCUGCUGCAGCACCUGCACCAUACCCAACGCAACCGCCAAUUCCUUAUGCACCACUAUCUGCAAAGAAGGACCCGCAAGGAAUGCCAACAACUACACCCAUGGGAAUGGGUGGGUAUCCAUACUAUAUCAGCAAACAAUAAUAAAGUCCCAGGCAAAUCAUGUUCAAUGACUUGAUCAAUUGUUAUCUUAAACCAACUUGGCCAGACUACAUCAGAACUCGAUGAGAUCGGAAGUUUUGAUACAGGAGAGCUUAAUGAUAGUGUCUUGCUUAAUUUUCGCAGGUUUCUUGUAGUUUUAGUUUUGGAUAAGUGUGUCUAAUUAAUAUUAUUUUCUGUAUUCGAAUUGAAAUGAUACGAAAUAAAGUUCUUAAUUUAUAUUUGUCUGAGGAUAUUAGGCUCCUUUUGAAGGGAUGAAUGCAGGACUGUGGCAGUAUCAGG